AUGAACAAUAAUGAUGAAGCAAUAGAUGAUGAUAAUGAUGAUGAAGAAAUGUUAACAGAAAUGAUGUCCAGUCAAAUGUAUUUAACACCAUUAUAUGUAUUAAAACAUUUCGAAAAAAUUUGGACAAAUGAAAAAGAAGUUCUCACAAUUUAUUUAGCUGCUUUACGAUCACCACAACAUUCAAUAACGCAUGUUCAUAAUAAUCCAAUAAGUUUAUUCUUUUUUGAAGUUCUACCUGGUUUGCCAUCAAAAUUUCGUCCCAGUCGAACAUCUUUAACUAAUACUUUACGCGGUGCAACAAAUGAAGAACAACUUAAUAAUCUUUGGCUCAAAAUGCAAAUUACUGUUAAUUCUAUAUUUGAUAGUUCAUUAGAUAAUCGAAGUGGUACUCGAGUAGCCAAAGGUAUUCGACAAGGAAUUGAGAAAAAAGAAGGUUUAUUUCGUAUGCAUAUGAUGGGUAAACGAGUAAAUUAUGCUGGUCGAUCAGUCAUAUCACCUGAUCCAUUUAUUGCAAUCUAUGAAGUUGGAAUACCGGGAAAUGUUCAUCCUGGAGCAAAUUUUGUUGAACUUGACGAUGGAACAAUACGUCGUUUAUUACCAAAUAAUUUAUGA